AAUAAUUAAUAUCCAAGUUCUGUUAUAGGCCAAUUUUGUGCCUUAUUGAAUGAGUAAUUAGUGAUACAAAUACCAAUUUUACGCAAGAGUGAUAGAUACUCAAUUCGCCUUGAAUUUUACGGAAUUGUUUUUUUGUUAAUAAUUUUGAACGGUUUAAAUGAAUAGCACUCAAUUUUUGAAAUAUUAACACUGGGACCAAAACUAGUCGGUACUCGGGUUGUAAACUGGAUAAUUAGUUAAAUUACGAACUGAAAAAUGAAUAUGAAUUCUGCAAGUGUGUUGCACGACAUCAACAAAAUCCUGGAAAUAGUUGAGUUAGCCGACGAGGCAACUUCAUUGAGUUCAGAUGAAGAUUCAGUUAGCGAGGAUAUUGAGCAUCCAAAACGCUCAGACUUUGUUGAAACUAUUGAUCUAAUGAACGACAAAGUUUUUAAAUCACACAUGCGGAUAAAUCGCAGCACUGCGGAUUUUUUGAUUACGAAAUUCUCUCAAAGCGCUUCGAGAGUGAGCUGCUCAAACGUUGGAAGUCCAAAAUGUUGUAUAUAUAUUUACGUGUUGUACAUUAGCAACACAGUUACCUUUCGUCAGCUUGAAAAUUUGUUUGGCGUAACAAAAUCAUCGGCAUGGCAAAUAGUGCCAAGCGUUAGUGCUUGGCUAACAACCAUAAGUCAUGAAUACAUCCAAUGGCCACAGGUCCAAGGUGUAGUACGAAACUGUCGCAAAUUUUACGAAAAAGGACAAAUCCCCAAUGUUAUUGGAGCAAUAGGCUGCGCACAUAUAGUCAUAAAAGCGCCUGCCUUUGGAAAACAACUAUAUAUUGACAAAAAGCAAAACUACAGCCUGACGUUGCAAGCUGUUGUGGAUGCAGACAAAAAGUUUUUAGAUGUUUACUGCGGCGAACCAGGCUCUUGACACGACAAUUGUCUUCUUAGGAGAUCGUCUAUUUUCGUAAGAGCGGAAGAAACCCAUACAGACAUUUUCCCAAAUUCAACUUUUUUACUCGGAGAUUCGUCAUAUU